AUGAGCUCUCGUCGUGUGGGCGCUCAGCGCAGCAGCUCGAGUCGGAAGCAGGCGCUGGAGGACAUCAAGCGCAUGCGUGACGGCGAUGCUGCGUCCACCACGGCGUCCAGCUCUCGCGUGGCCCAGUACAAGCCGCAUGAGGACAGUAUCUACAAGGCCGUGACGGAGCAAGAGUACGAAGAUCUGGUGCGCCAACGACGUCAAGGCCUCCCAUUCGUGGAAAAUGACGACGGGGAAAUGGGGUACUACGACGACGGCGAGGAGCAGUUCUUUGAGUCGGACGGUGACGGUGACGAGGCAGCAGCUGCAGGACAGAGCCAUUACAAGCGCAAGAACAGUCUCACUACUGACAGCGACGACGCGAGCGGCAAGAAACGCAGUGCCGGCGCACUGUCGUCGUCGUAUGUACGACGUGCCAAGAAGAUGCAGCGCGCCAAGCUGGGAGGAGGGGCAGGUGGAGACGGCCCGAAGAUCGCCAACCUCUUCUUCUCCAAGUCGUCGAUGGGACCGCUCAAGGACCGGACCGGGCAAGCUGGACCGCGCAGCUCGGGCGCUGGGCCCCAUGCUAAGUAUGACAUGGAUCUCGACAGUCUGUUGGACGACUUGACGAGCAACCCGACCGCGUCGCGGCAGCGCUGUGUCGCGCCCGUGGCGUACUCGACCGGGUCGUUGGCGUAUGCAUCGAGAGAGGCAGCGGCUGCGUCAAGUGAGCGUGAGCACGUCUCGGCAAUGGCUGCAACCGCGACGGCGUCAAGUCGAGAUGGAGACGAGACGAUGGGGGAGAGGAAAGCAUCAGACGAGACGCUGUACGAACACGAGGAGAUGGAUGAUAGAAUGGACGAUGUGGCGGUCGAUGACGAUGAUUGCAAUCACGUGGAAGGGCGUCAACAGAAUAAAGAUGAGCAGGAGAGCGAUCAUGUGGAAUUGGACAAGCCGGUGAUGAGCAAAAGAGAGCGGAUGCUGCAGAAAGCUCGAGAAGCACGAUUGCAGCCGUCAGCACCGACUGCGCGAGCUCUAGCUGCUCCCGUGGAGCCCACUCACCAAGAGAUUAAUGGGAUGGAGACGGCUAUUGUGCCGUCCAAUGAAGUGACGGAAUGGUGGCAGGUUGGUGGCGACCCGUCGAAUGAUGUAACAAUGACGGACGCUAGCUCAGUAGAAGAUGCUGAGUCAGAAGCACCACCUGUGGCAGCAGAUUCGAUCCAGAUGUACUGGAUGGACGCGGUUGAAGUACGUGAGCGUCCGGGAAAGAUCUAUCUUAUCGGCAAAAUGAAGAUCUCGAGUCCCGAAGGUCCGCAUAAGUCUCCCACGUACAAGAGUUGCUGCGUAGUCGUGAACAACUUGCAACGGUACAUGUACCUUGCUCCGAGAGGCACUUCGCUGGUCGAGCUUAGUAAAAAUGAGCAGCAGGAGGCUUGGAUGAAGAUGCAUGAGGAAAUUCACAACGUACUGGUUCCUUCCUGUAUCACUAGUAAACGUGAUCAGGAGGGGUUUAGGACCAAGCUCGUAGAGCGCAACUAUGCGUUCGAAGAAGCCGGCAUCCCGCGUGGCAAAAACUUGUACUUGAAGGUCAAAUACCCGAGUAAAUACCCUGCACCACCAUCUGACUAUUGCUCGCGUGGCGGAAAGACGUUUUCUCGUAUCUGUGGUGCGUUUACUAGACCGUUGGAAAACUUUCUGCUCACCCGCCGGCUCCUGGGACCAGGGUGGGUUGAAAUCAGUAAUGUUCGCAAGUGCUCCGAGGGCGUCAGUUUUUGCAAGGCAGAGUUCGAGACUUUCGAUCCGAAGAAUGUGCGACCCAUCGCGAGCGGCAUGGCUGCUCCUCCUCUUACGGUGAUGAGCAUCAGUCUGAAAAGCGUUUGCCACCCGAUGACUGGCAAACAUGAGAUAGUAGCGCUUUCUGCCAUCACAGAGACUGGAAUCAGUGCCGAAGGAGCCGGCAAGGGUCGAAACGGCGUACGUCACACAUUGUCGCACUUCACGGCGAUCCGACCGCUAGACGGAAACAACGGAUUUCCCCAGUCAUACGCACAGGCAGCUAAGAAAGAUGACCGGUUUGGUAUGAAAGCAGAAAAUGGCGUGCUCAGUAUAAACAGUGAGCGUCUGCGUGUGGAAAUAAACGAGCGCGUAAUGCUGAGCUACUUCCUCACGCGUGUUCAGCUUGAAGACCCGGACGUCAUUGUCGGUCACAACUUGCACAAGUACGGGUUGGAGUUGCUCAUUUCGCGAAUUGACAACUUUAAACUUGGCGGGUUGUGGUCAAAGCUGACACGACUUCGUCGUGGUCGUCUGAACCCGAUGAAUGUAGGAGAAGGAUGGAACGAGUACAGGAUGGACGACAUGGUGAACGGACGACUUUUUUGCGAUACGUACGUGUCGUCAAAGGAGUUGCUCCCUUCACAAAACAAUUACACGCUUUCGUUUUUGGUAGAAGAGCACCUGCACAAGCAGCGACUGGAUGUCGAGAUGACCGAGAUCCCUCAAAUCCUUCUCGGCGGUCCUGAUAACUUUGUCAAAUUUUUGCGGCACACAUUAGACGAUGCGAUGUUCGUAUUGCACCUAAUGCACAAGCUUGAAAUUCUACCGCUAUCGAAACAUCUAUCCAACUUGUGUGGUUACUUAUGGACGCGAACGCUCGAGGCGAACAAACGUGCAGAGCGAAUCGAGUAUCUGCUGCUUCACGAAUUUAGCCGGUCGAAGAACAAGUUUAUUGUGCCGGAAAAGUACAAAAGCAGGAGUGAGGCUGACAAGCUGAACAAGAAGCGAGAGGCUUCUUAUGCAGGCGGUAUGGUGUUUGCGCCAAAAAAAGGUCUUUACGACAACUUUGUAGUGCUGCUGGAUUUCAUGAGUUUGUAUCCAUCCAUCAUUCGCGAAUACAACAUUUGUUUUACCACUGUAGAACGACAGCUGGUCACGGACGUGCCAGAUGCGCAGCCAUCGUCAAAGAGAAAGAAGAAAUCGAAGCGGGUACCUCAACCUGAGAACGAAGAUGUCGCGAACAACGACGAUACGGACCAAAACCUUGAUGACGCCGAUACCAGCGCUUAUUCAGAUAUUCCGGCGUUGCCGAGUAGUGCAAGCGAGCCGGGCAUUUUGCCGGCUGUCAUCAAGCGCUUGCUGGAGUCGCGUAAACAAGUGAAACAGCAGCUGAAAAUCGAGCAGAAGGAAGGCAACAUGGAGAAGGCUAACCUGCUCGAUAUUCGGCAAAAGGCUAUAAAGCUGACAGCAAACUCGAUGUACGGCUGUUUGGGAUUUCGCUUUUCCAGGUUCUACGCGAAGCCAAUCGCUGCGUUGAUUACAUCGACAGGUCGACAAACGCUGCAGCGAGCCAAAGAGGUGGCAGAGCAAGAGUGUGGCUACGACGUUGUUUACGGUGAUACGGAUUCAAUCAUGGUGGACUCGCGUACAGAAAGCCUCGAUGAAGCCAAGCGCAUCGGUCGCGAAAUUCAGGCGCAGUGUAACAAGCAUUUCAAAUUGCUGGAACUCGAGGUAGAUUACAUUUUCAAGCGGAUUCUCCUUCUCAACAAAAAGAAGUAUGCAGCGUUGGUGCUCAAAGAGCGACCCAACUGCGAGCCCACUUUUGACAAGGAGGUGAAGGGUCUUGACAUGGUGCGUCGGGAUUGGUGUGUGAUCUCCAAGACGGUGGGCAAUGAAGUACUCGAUUUCAUCUUGUCCGGAAAGUCUCGUGACGAUGUAGUGGAAAGCAUCCACGAGCAUUUGGAACAGGUGGCAGAGCGCGUGCGCUCGGGAAAGGAGCCAAUUGAGCAGUAUGUCAUUACCAAGAGUUUGAACAAGCUACCUGAGCAAUACCCAGAUCGUGCGAAGCAAUAUCACGUGCAAGUUGCAAUCGCGUUGCGUGCUCUGGGAAAGCCGGUUGGGGCAGGCACCCACAUUCCGUAUGUGCUUUGCAAGGAAGAAGAACCUGGAAGUGGCCGUCGUGCCUACCAUCCAGACGAAGUAAAGCGGGCAAGCGGAAAGCUCCAUAUUGACGUCGAGUGGUACCUUGAAUCGCAGAUCCAUCCACCGGUGAAUCGACUGUGCGCUCACAUUGAAGGAACAUCGAGCCCGCAGCUAGCUCACUGCUUGGGUCUCGAUACGGCGAAGUUCUCGCACUCUGCCAGCCAUUUUGGCGAGGAGAAUGACGGGGGUGACGCAAUUCCGAGUGUUCUGCAGAACGAUGCUGACCGUUUCAAGGAUUGCGUUCAUCUCGAGAUCACCUGCAAUCGAUGUAAAAUAGCUAGUGCUUUUUCUGGCGUGUUUUGUACGUCCGAGAACGACAGCUCACUUUGUAGUGGACUGCUUUGUCCAGUAUGUAAAGCAGACUUUUGGGGUUUCGACCAGGAAGGCAUUUAUGGAAACGUAGGGGAUGACCUCCAGGCAGUGUUGUCAAACCGUCUCCAUCUUGCUACGCGCCAAGCGACGAAGAGAUAUUACGAAGCGUGGACGAUUUGCUCUGAUGUGAUGUGCAAAAUGCGCACACAAAAGCAGUCACUUCGUGGCAAUGGCAACAUCUGCUCGGCCGCAGGGUGCAGGGCAACGACCAUUCUCGAAUACCCGGAUAGCGCAUUGUACACCCAGCUCAAGUAUUUCGAAUCUCUCUUUGACGCUGAACGUGCGCAAAAGAAGCUGCGCGAGCAGAAGGAACGCGUGUCAGGCACAAGUACAAGCGCGGAACCUCCAGUGCUUUCCGAGCGUCAUCGUGCUAUAUUCCAAAAGCUACUUUCGCAGGCCGAAGAGGCUGUCCAUCGAGACGAUUACAACUGGGUCAAGCCGUCUCUGUGGCAGACGCUGUUCACGUAA